CAUGUGUCAAACAGAAUUGCACAUGUUUCAUUCGCUACAAACUUUACCGUCUGUCUUUAUUACUGCUUGUGAGCGAGCAUUACUGGAUCACUAUACACUUAUUAAAUUGUAAUAUGUGUUCGACUCAUUUUUUUGUAAUGAUUAUCCGUUAGACAACAGUGUUUCUCGUAGAAAGAAAAGAGAAUCACUCGAUACCCUAAUCUUGAGAACACGCAAGGGUUUCUGUAAAAAAAUUGGGUGUACGUGGAGAAGUGAUUUGGGUUGUAAAGAAAUAAACAAAGGCUUGCAAUGGAUGUCGAGGAUCAGGUUAACCACAUCCAUACGGUACAAGCACGAUUUUUAUCUGACGUUGGAGAAGAAGCGGGACCACCGUUGGAUCUGCCGAUCAACGUGACCAAACAACAGUUAGAGUUGAUUCUGAAUUCUCUACUCAAAAAUGAGGAUCUUACACCAUAUUUAUUUUUCGUCAAUGACGAUGAAAUCCGGGAAACAGUACAGCAAACACUUUCUUCAAAAAAAGUGGAGGCCGAAAGCAUACUGGAUAUUGUGUAUCAACCUCAGGCAGUAUUUCGUGUACGCCCAGUUACACGAUGCACUAGUUCUAUGCCGGGUCAUGCCGAAGCCAUUGUUUCUCUUGCGUUUAGUCCCAACAGUCUACACCUUGCUAGUGGAUCUGGUGAUACAACUUUGCGACUUUGGGACUUAACAACGGAAACACCCCACUUCACAUGUGCAGGGCACAAAAAUUGGGUCCUCUACGUAGCCUGGUCUCCAGAUUCGUUAAAAAUAGCCUCGGCAGAUAAAGUCGGCGAAAUACGCUUGUGGUGUCCAGAUAGCGGUAAAUUGAUUGGCCGACCUCUACUUGGCCAUAAAAAAUGGAUAAACUGCCUUAGCUGGGAACCAUACCACAAAAACGUGGAAUGUCGUUUCUUGGCGAGCGCCGGCAAUGAUAAUGAUGUAAGGAUUUGGGAUACUGUGCUAGGUACAUGUUCGAAAGUAAUAGCUGGUCAUCUAGCUGCGGUCACCUCUGUACGCUGGGGUGGUACUGGCUUGAUAUAUACUUCGUCUCGAGAUCGUACCAUCAAAAUGUGGAGAGCAGAGGAUGGUGUUUUAUGCAAAACAUUUACAGGUCAUGCACAUUGGGUGAAUAACUUGGCACUCAAUACGGAUUAUGUUCUGCGUACCGGACCUUUUCAUCCCGUGAUUGGUAAAAGCGAAUCAUACACGAUAAAUGAUAAAAAACAAUUACAACGACUUGCUUUCGAGAGGUACGAAAACGUAUGUCCAGAUUCGGUUGAAUCGUUCGUUUCCUGUUCCGAUGAUUUUACUCUGUAUCUGUGGAAGUCAAAUCAGAAACAAUUCGUUACUCGAAUGACUGGACAUCAAAAUGUAGUAAACGACGUCAAAUACUCCCCGGACGUGAAACUGAUUGCUUCAGCAUCUUUCGAUAAAUCCGUUCGACUAUGGCGAGCAAGCAAUGGUGCAUUCAUCUGCGUUUUUCGUGGACAUGUACAAGCAGUAUACACAGUUGCCUGGUCAGCUGAUUCUCGUCUGUUGCUCAGCGGUAGUAAAGACUCGACGCUUAAAGUAUGGAGUGUGAAAGAACGAAAGCUAGCUCAAGAAUUACCAGGGCAUGCUGACGAAGUGUAUGGCGUUGAUUGGGCCCCAGACGGAUCUCGUGUCGCGUCUGGUGGAAAGGACAAAGUUUUGAAACUAUGGUCAUACUAAGAGAUGCUUUUUCAUAAACUUGUUAGUUUUUUUGCUUCUUUUGAAAACUAUUUUAUAUAAUGCUACAAAUUAGCAUUAGAAUAUAUCGUCAACAGUCUAAAAUUUUAUGUAUGUGAUCAUAUCAGAAUACCUAAUAAACAAAUUCGGUUUUCCCAA